UUUGUUUUUGUUUUGUUUUGUUUUUUGUUUUUUGUUUUUUCAAGAACUCAAAACUAAAAGAAAAGGUUGUCUCCUGUGGUGAUGCCAAAGUUUGAGGUUUAAGAAGAAGCCAUAAUCAAGAAACAGAAAAAAAAAACCUUUGAAUGAACAAAAACUUCUUUUGCCUAUUUUUCCACCUACUUUAUUUUUAUUUUUUUUAAUUAGCCUUUUUCUCUUCUAGAAAAAAAGAUGAUGAAAGGUUUAGCAGCUACAGUAGAAGAAAACAUGUCCAAUUUGACUUCUGCAUCUAAUGAACAAGCAAGUGGUUCUUCAAGCAGUAAUAGAAAUGACAACAAUGGUGGAAUCUAUUUUCCUCCAUUAAAUCCACCUCAGCCACUCAAAAGGAAGAGAAAUCAACCAGGCCAUCCAGACCCUAGUGCAGAAGUGAUAGCAUUGUCACCAAAAACCCUGAUGGCAACAAACAGAUUCGUGUGUGAAAUCUGCAACAAAGGUUUCCAAAGGGACCAAAAUCUGCAGCUGCACAGAAGAGGGCACAACCUGCCAUGGAAGCUGAAACAGAGAUCAAGCAAAGAGGUAAUCAGGAAGAAGGUGUACGUGUGCCCAGAGGUGGGGUGUGUGCACCACGACCCAUCACGCGCGUUGGGUGAUCUGACAGGAAUCAAGAAACACUUCAGCAGGAAACAUGGUGAGAAGAAGUGGAAAUGUGAUAAGUGUUCAAAGAAGUAUGCUGUUCAGUCUGAUUGGAAAGCUCAUUCCAAAACUUGUGGCACUAGGGAGUAUAGAUGUGACUGUGGCACACUUUUCUCAAGGAGAGAUAGUUUUAUUACACACAGGGCAUUCUGUGAUGCUCUAGCAGAAGAAAGUGCAAGAUCAGUACUAAGUGGUGGUGGUGGUGGUGCACCACCAGGUUCAUCUUCAAUAUCAGCUCACCACCAGACGAUCAAUCUCCAAUUUCCAAAUCAAGAAAUCCCAUUUCAAAACACAAUCAAGAAAGAGCACCAUCACCACCACCAAAGCUUCACAUUAAUACCAGAGAUCCAACAAUGGCGGCUACCACCUUGCCCACCAACCAUGGAUCCACGUCAUCACCACCACCACCACGUGGUGCAUGGCGGCCCACCACUCAUUGACCUCACCCCCACCCCAUCAUCAUCAUCAUCCAUCUUCCAAGAUUUCCAACCAAACCCUAACCCUAGCAGCAGAAAUGGAAAUGGUGGAGGUGGACCCACCACCCCCCUACCGCCAUACCACCACCCCCCACCACCACCACACAUCUCAGCCACUGCAUUGCUGCAGAAAGCAGCACAGAUGGGCUCCAAAAGCAGCACCACCCCAGCAUCACCAGCUGGUGCUUUUAUCAUACCCCACCACCACAACCAACAAGGUCACGUGACUGCUUCUGCUGGUCAUGAUUCUGAUAGUACUACUGGUUUUGGUCUGAACUUGUCCUCACGUGAUGACUUCACCCUAAAUGGGUUGGGGAAUAAAGCUGCAGCUUCAGCAGCUAGAGUCACAGGCGGUGAUGGUAGUACUGUCACGGUCACAGGUGCGUCACCGCCAGGUGGGACUAACAUCAACAUCACAAACAACGCUUGUUCUUCUUUCCUUCAUGAAAUGAUGAUGAUGAACAGUAGUAGUAAUCUGCAUGCCGGGUUCGAAGAAGGCGGCUCGUCUUUCGAUGAAGAAAGCUUCCGGUCUUUCCAUGCAACCCUCGGUAACUUUAGCAGCACCAGAUCAUCAAACAGUGCUACUGCUAAUGAAGGUGGUGGUGGGAUUGGUACUACUAACGACGGGAUGAUGACGACGAGGGAUUUUCUCGGGUUACGGCCGUUGUCUCAGAGCGAUAUUCUAAGUAUGGCUGGUUUAAGUAACUGCAUUAACACCGAUAAUAAUAGUAAUCAUGCAGCUUGUAUUAACGUCGACCGUGAUCAGAAUCAAACCACCGAAAAGUCUUGGCAAGUUUAGGCUGAUCGAUCGAUGUUUCGUUUUUUUGUGGGCCCGUCUCGUAUAUCUUGAAUCUUGAUCAUCGAUUUUGUUUAAUAUUUCCCGAUCCUCAUUUUUAAUUUUGUAAAUCUUCGUAAUGAUAAGAGAGUAAGUAGUACUCAGUAGUGUUUGUUGAGAGAUUUGAAACCCUAUCUUAAAUUAAUGCUUUUAGUUCAUGGAAUCUCUCUCUCUACAUUGAUUGCUAAUUUAUUGAAAUAUAUAGUCCCCCACCAUAUCUU